AUGGCAGAUAGUAACGCGCAAUCGCAGGGCUUCCCUCAUGCCGCCAGUGGGAAGCUCGAUAUUAUCAUCGCUGGAGCUUCUUUAGGUGGCCUCGCGACAACUCUUGCGCUCAAACGUCUUCCAUCUCCGCAUGCGCACAAUGUCACGCUUCUCGAACGGAAUCCGACCGCACUCCUCCACAAUCAAGGCGCUGGCAUCGUCGCUGGUGGCGAUACGCUGGCAUUCUUCAAGCGCUAUAACAGAUGCAGCCGCGACCUAGCCGUUACCUCGACUCGAAGGCAGUAUUUAAACAAAGAUGGCGAGGUCACGCAUAAAGAGGAUAUGGAACAGAACAUGACGAGUUGGGAUCUGGCAUACUACAUGCUCAGGGCCAAUGUUGAUGGGAUCAAGAGUGACUAUUGUGACGUACCGCCAGAUGAUAACAGUAGGAGCAAGAUUACGCAUCGUCAUGGACAUAAAGUGAUUGAGCUGCAAGAUAAGGGAAACAAAGUGGUUGUAAAGUACGAGACAAGCGAAGGAAGCACGGGUGAGAUGGAGGCUGAUCUGGUCAUCGGCGCCGAUGGUCCAAGUUCUACCAUCCGCUCACUCCUCACCACCGGCAUCGAGCGUACAUACGCAGGCUAUGUCGCCCUCCGUGGCACCGUACCCGAGGAUCAAGUCAGCCCAAAGACACUGGAAGCUUUCAGAGAACGCUUUACCUUCUUCCAUGCGAAAGGGAUCCAGAUUCUGGCAUACCUGAUACCAGGCGAGAACGGCACUUUAGAGCCUGGCAAACGCCUCAUUAACUUCGUUUACUACACGAACUUUCCAUCGCCUUCUCUGACUAAUCCUUCCCCCGACUUCCGUGAGCUGAUGACAGAUGUGGACGGCCAGUACCAUCGCAUCACCAUGCCACCUGGCAAGAUGGAUCCACAAGCAUGGGAGAAGCAGCGCAAAAUUGCAAGUGAGCGACUGCCUCCUCAGUUCGCUGAGAUCGUCAGAGCAACGGAGAAGCCAUUUGUCCAAGCAAUCACAGAUGUUCUCGCUCCGACCAAUGAGUUCAUGGACGGUCGCGUCGUUCUGAUUGGCGAUGCUCUGGCUGGCUUCCGACCGCACACCGUCGCAAGCACUAGCCAAGCAUGCUUCGAUGCCAUGAUCCUGGCAGACAUGAUCGAGGGCAAAGUAAGUCGGAAGGAGUGGAAAAAGGAGACACUGGGCUAUGCGAGAACACUGCAGAAGAGAGGUGUGGAUAUGGGUAAUCGCAGUCAGCAUCAGGAUCUGCCGUUAGCCGAUCAUAUACACGAUCGAAACCUGGCGAGCAAGCCGAGACAGGAGGAGGUAUGGCCAGAGUGGGCAGUCGAUGGUCUAACAUAG